AUGUGGAAUAGUUCAAUAUUAACAAUAAAUGAUCAAUUUAUAAGUACAAUGAAUAAUAUUGAAUUACCUUCAUUUAUUAAUACAGUAGAUAAACUGAAUAUUUUAUAUCAAACAUUAGUAAAUCAAUAUAAUAUAUUUUUACCUAUGUUUCAAUUUGAUAAUAAAUUUUAUUGUCGAAUUAGUGCACAAAUAUAUAUGGA